AUGAUUAAAUAUAAUAGUGAAAAUCAUUUUAAGUUUCAUAAUGUUAAAGUGUUUGAUAAGGAGAGGAUGAUUUUGUAUUUUAAGAGAAUGCCAAUAGAGCAAGAUGAGAGUGACAAUUUGUACAAUGGAUUAAAUUAAUUAAUCAUGAAGGAGAGAAUAGAAUAGACAAAGUAAAAGGUGGAAGAGGGUAAGUAAGUGACAAGCAGUGUGAAAAUGGAUUAGGGAGAAUUGCCCAAGAAUAGAACAUUGAUAAUAAUGAACUUUGAUUCUCCUUUUGAUCGUAAAUUUAUAGCAAAAGUAUUUAAACUAUGUGGGAUAAUUCGAAGAGUGUAUGUUGGAUCAAUGAAAGUGGCUGAGAACGGAAAAAAAAAACUAUUACAUGUUGGUUUGGUGGUAUUUAAGAAUGAGUAUGAUUUGACCAAAUGUUUCGAUAUUGAAUAUUUCCAAUAAAGAAUCAAUAAUAAAUUUAAGAGUGCUCCCAUUUCAACUAAUUAUGAAAAGAAGCUCUUGUAGAAUUAUGAAGUUGUAGAUGAGAAGAAGAAUUAAAUAAUAGAGGAGGCAUAAUAAGAAGGAUAUCAAAUAGCGAUGAACAAAUAUGGUGAUUUCGAAACUAAUAUAGAGAAACCAAAGUUUGAGAAGAGAAAUUGGGUUGGAAGAAACAAAAACAAAACAAAGAAGAAUGUAGAAAUGGAAGAAAUAGAAUAAGUAAUUUAAGGAUUGGAUGAUAAUUUACCACAUUAGAAGAAGAAGGACAUAUUGAAAUUGCAAAAACAAUAGCUUCAGCAAUAAUUUCAAUAAGAUAUUGAAAAUUUAAGGUAGAAAUAAAAGAAGGUAAAGGAAUGA